AACGCGCCUUUCCGCCGCUACUCAACGACGCCGACAACAACCGGCCGCGCCCACCCCACGACGUACACAGUAAUCGACUUGAUUUACAUUUUUACCACCAAAAGCGGAUAGCAGCAAGCGAUCAUAUUUGCAGCAAUGGCCACUGAGGUUGAACAGUCCAUGGCCAUGGUCACAACUGGCCCAGCUGCCCCCCAAGGAGCCUCCACUCCCAACUCGACAUGCGGCGGAACUCCUUCCAUCAAGCAAAGCCCAUCUCCUUCCGCCAGCACCUCAAAUGGACAGUCUGCUUCAAGGCGGCCUCCCCGCAAGAGCACUCUCACCCAGCAGCAGAAGAACCAGAAGCGACAGCGUGCGACCCAGGAUCAACUGACGACCCUGGAGUUGGAGUUCAACAAGAACCCAACCCCGACCGCCACUGUUCGCGAGAGGAUAGCCGAGGAGAUCAACAUGACUGAGAGGUCUGUUCAGAUCUGGUUCCAGAACAGGCGCGCCAAGAUUAAGUUGUUGGCGAAGAAGAGCCUGGAGACGGGUGAGGAUAUUGACUCCAUCCCCGAAUCGAUGCGAGCCUACCUCGCCAUGCAGGCCAUGGAGUCCGGCAAGGGCCUUGGUGGAAGCUAUCUCGGCCGUACCGGACUCGUACCCUUUGGCCACGGCGGCAUGAUGCUUGGCGGCGACCAGGGCGGUCAAGGCAAAGUUUUGAUUCACCAUCUUACUUGCCGGGCCCUGAGCAUCGGAAAGUGGACUCGCGUGGGACAGAACACGAUGGAUCUCAUCAUCUUCUACUCUCCCGAUAAGUGCACCAUGACCUACUACAUCAACAAUGAGCAGGCUGGAUACAAAAUCGAGUACCCGUUUUCCCAUAUCAAGAACAUCUUUCUUGAGAAUAACGAGGGCGACCCUAGUAAGCACGGUGGCAUUGUCAUCGAGCUGAACCGACCCCCGAACUUCUUCAUGGACUCGUCGCCCACCACCAAUGGUUUCUUCCAGUGUGGCGACUUCACCGAAGAUCUCCAGGCCACGCAGUGCCUGGUCCACCACCUAGGCGGCAACCCCAAGGUUCUCAGCGGCCAGCUUGCCAAGCUGGUCUCGCUCGAGUCCUUCAUGAACCGCCACAACACCCAUCACGCCUUUGCCGACCCUCACGUUUUGUCCGUCUCGGCUCCCGUCUCGCCCACUGCCCGACCUUCUUCCCAGCCUACCUUCCAGCCUCAAAUGGGUAUGUUCCAGGAGCAGCAGUGGGGAAUGAACCAGAUGCACUCGGCCAUGCGCCCUGCCCAUGGACACAAGCGACAGCGUAGUCGAUCCGUCCCCGGACCUGUCGACUUCGCCAUGUUCCAGAACCAGCCAAUGCCCUCAUUCUACAUCCAACCUCCUGGCGAGAUGGGCCCCCCGCAGCAUAACCCCAAUAUCUUUGCGCCCAUCCCUCAGCCUCCCGGCGGCAUGGGCCCGAGCCUGCGCAUCGACACCCAGGCUGGCUUUGGCCUGGAUAUGCGACAAUAUCCCAUGUCUGCUACGACUGCAUCUCCCGCAGAGUUCCCACAGAGCCCUGGCUUCUUCCCUCACGCCCCUGAAGCCGCUGCGAUGCCUCCUUCAAGCUACAACACACCAUACGGCAAUGGAUAUCUGUCACCCAUGGUUAACCCGGACACUGGCAUCCCGAACUCAGUUUCACCUCUGCCAUUCAACAGCCCCGGGGAGCCGUCCAUUGUUGAGCAGUCUCCUCCUAUGUCGAUGAUGGGACGACCUGGCUCGGCCGACAUGUACCCUGUCAACGACGGGUCCUGCGCGGUUUCCGAGGACGGCACGAGCCUCAACGAGAUGUACUCCAAGCACACCAUCAACCUCCCCAUGCAUACUGCCUCCCCUGGCUAUGUCCACCACCAGCAGGCGGACCUCGACAUGGACCAGCUAGUUCAGUUUGAUACUGUCGACCCUUCGAGCCUAUCUCCUGAAACGAUGCCCCUUCAUCAGUAAGGGUAGGCAUAUGGAAGGGCGACGGCCCUCCGUUACAAGGAGCGAGUGUACAUGAAGCAUGGCUAGACUGGAGUGUUUCUUAUUUGUCGGAGACAUCAUAACGGGGCGUUUGACGGCAACUUAUAUACCACUGGGAACCCUUUCACCUUUUCUCUCU